AUGCAUGCAGGCCAUGUGACCAUAGAGCCCUACAUCCUCCCCUGGGCACCGACAGUGGUGACCAGGGCCAUCCCCAGGGAUGCAGCCUAUGCAAGCCAGCCAGUGGCGGUGUACGCAUCGACCAACGACUACGCCUUCAAUUAUGGCCACGCCCUGUUCGACUUCCUGUACGCUGUCUUCAACCAGCUGCAGACGCUCCAGCUGUACACCCCCGAUUUCCAGCUACUGCUUGCCCAACACCAGGGCACCAACCCAGAUGCCAUCAACAUCUUCAUCAACCCAGAGAAUUCUGAAAGGUCCCUGCUGCGCAUGAUAUCGCGCAACCCAGUGCUGCCCCUGCAUGAGUUCCGGGCCGCUGGUUCGGAGGCUGCAGACUUGACAUGUGUGAAGACCCUGGUGGCUGGGUCUGCCCACAUGCACCUCACGCUGGCACGCGCCAGAGCGCUCCCGUUCAGGGCAGCGGCGAUGGUAAAUCUGGGGGUGAAUGACCAGGGCCUGGCGCGUCAGCCGCGUAUCACACUGCUGGACAAGCGGGGCAAGCGCCGCAUCGAGAACCUGCGCGAGAUUGCUGCUGCUCUGGCGGCCGACUUCCCUCGGGUGCAGGUGGUCGUGGUGAAUGGGGCCAGCAUAGAGCGCAUGAGCAUCCGCCAGCAGUUGGAGCUGAUGGCGUCUACGACAGUGCUCAUCACUCCAUGCGGAGGCCUGGGGACCGUGUCUGUCUUCCUGCCGCCUGGAGGCACAGCCAUUGUGAUGAACUACUACAACACAGCAAGGAACACCUCCACCCAGAUGGAGAAUAUUUACUACUCAAACGUCGAGUAUGUGGAUUACCAGUACUUUCCAGUGGUGCUUGAGGAUUAUGAGGGGACCUCAGACAGGCCUGGCUGCGAAAAUCAUGAAACAGCAAAAAAAUUUGCAACCCAGGGGAAGCUAAUAAACUGCAAUCUGCGGAUUAAAGACCUGUGGCGCAUCAGGAUGGUGGUGAAUGCAGCUGUCAUGCGCUGGGCCGCCAGAGAUGAAAAUUGGUGA